CAAUGUCACGCGGAUAUCUGCAGACUUUCCUGAUCCUUUCCAUCUCAACUCUGGGAUAUGUCUGUACUUUGUACGAACUUCGAUUUCAAACAUUGGAACCACUGAAGGGAGAUACGGAGACACUGAUCGACUUCAAAGUGCGACUAGUGGGUCGAGAACGGUUGGUCAAUGGGACUCUUAAAUGCUACACUGAUAUAGACAAUGAGUUUGAGUGGAAGAUCAACAUAGAGCAACACAUAAAUGGCGAUUGGAAGCCCCUUCUUCAAAAGCUCCAAUUUAAAACUUGCGCGUAUUUUGAGGAUUUCUAUACCAAAUAUUGGGCUAGCUCCUUCGUGGACACCAGCCUGCCCAAGGAUGCCUGUCCUCUCAAGAAGGGUGAAUAUUAUUUGAAGAAUGUUCGAUUACGCUCAGACAAUAUGAUGCAAUUUGUGAAGCAAGGUUUGAACAGAAUUCAGCUUACUGUAUCGAAGAAUAAUAUAACUUACGGUGGCUUUAACAGUGUUGUUGAGAUAAGGGAAGUUCCUAAAUAA